CAAAUCUGAAAUUAGUCGAGGAGAUCGAUGAGUAAACCCUAGGAGGCAGACACACACAGGAGAACAGAGGAAACAGCCGAAGAUGACUUUCAAGCGUAGGAACGGUGGAAGGAACAAGCACAACAGAGGUCACGUUAACCCAAUCAGAUGCUCCAACUGUGGCAAAUGUUGCCCCAAGGACAAGGCCAUUAAGAGGUUCAUUGUGAGGAACAUUGUGGAGCAGGCUGCUAUUAGAGAUGUUCAGGAAGCCAGUGUCUACGAUGGAUACACCUUACCUAAGCUAUAUGCAAAGACUCAGUACUGUGUCUCUUGUGCUAUCCACUCUCAUGUCGUUAGAGUUCGUUCCCGCACCAACCGUAGGGUCCGAACUCCUCCACCCCGUUUUGUCAGACGCAAGGAUGAUGCUCCCAAGCCUGGACAGCCAGGACAGCCCCCUCGUCCUGCUGGUCCUGGAGCUGCAGCUGCACCCCGUGUCUGAAGUCUGCAAUCAGCUUUCAAUUUUCAAAAACGUUUGUUUAUCUUUUAUGUUGGCUUCAGAUUGUAUUGCCAUGUGAAUCUCCAAGUGCUUUUUUUUAGUAAUUUUCUUGACUUUGUUAUUAUUAUAUAAAAAAUUAUAUAGAUUUGCAAUAUGA